CAGAGAUUCCAGAAAGUCAGCGAGCUGGAAGCCAGGCGGCCCGUUUGCAAGUGUCCAAGGAGACCGCCAGAAGCGCGCCGGCCCGAGUCCGGGAGCGUUUCCUUCUGGCCGAGAGGGGGAGCCCCGCGUCCCAGCCCGGAGCGAGCGGAGUCCCGAGCCUCGAGCCCCAGCCGCCGCCUGCGCCAGCUCUGGCUUCAGCCGAUUAGGAAGAGGAGGGAGGGGGCAGAGAGCGCGCGGAGGGAGGGGACCGGAGUCGAAGGGUCCCCAGUCCAGUACCGUGUUGACGCAGAGAAACUUUCCCUCUCCGCCGCGGAAACGGCGCCCGGGCGGUGCUGGAGCGGCGAUCGCUGGGCUCCGGGGACGCGGCAGCUCUCCACGCCCCUGCCCGAAGCCUGCCCGACUGCAUCCGUCAGUAGGGCACCGAGAGACGGCGAUUGAUCGGGGUCUUCCCUGGCUGCAGCCCAGCCCCGCCAGUUCCAUGUGAUUCCAUCUGGUAUACAUAGGAGAGAAAGUGAUUGAAGGAGAACUCAGAUGGCAACUGUAUGAUUGAAACUAUCCAAAGCCAAGCGUCUGUAUGUUCUUUCAGCUGUAUUUGAGCAUACCCAGGAUAUAAAGUGUGAUUGAACCAAACAUUUAUUUGGCUAAUCCUCAUCAUGAACCGUGCUUUUAGCAGGAAGAAAGACAAAACUUGGAUGCAUACGCCUGAAGCUUUAUCAAAACAUUACAUUCCCUAUAAUGCAAAGUUUCUUGGCAGUACAGAAGUGGAGCAGCCCAAAGGAACAGAAGUUGUGAGAGAUGCUGUAAGGAAAUUAAAGUUUGCAAGACACAUCAAGAAAUCUGAAGGCCAGAAAAUUCCUAAAGUUGAAUUGCAAAUAUCAAUUUAUGGAGUAAAAAUUCUAGAACCCAAAACAAAGGAAGUCCAACACAAUUGCCAGCUUCACAGAAUAUCAUUUUGUGCAGAUGAUAAAACUGACAAGAGGAUAUUCACUUUCAUAUGCAAAGAUUCUGAGUCAAAUAAACAUUUGUGCUAUGUAUUUGACAGCGAAAAGUGUGCUGAAGAGAUAACUUUAACAAUUGGCCAAGCUUUUGACCUGGCAUACAGGAAAUUUCUGGAAUCUGGAGGAAAAGAUGUUGAAACAAGAAAACAGAUUGCAGGAUUACAGAAAAGAAACUUAGUGUUCUCAUGUGACUUUGCUUCACUUCCUGAUGCUUCUCAUGGGGAUCAGAGCAGCAGAAGCAGCAGAUGCUGGAUUCAAGACUUAGAAACAGAAAAUAUGGAACUUAAAAACAAAGUACAAGAUUUGGAAAACCAGUUAAGAAUAACCCAAGUAUCAACAUCUCCAGCAGGCAGUGUGACACCUAAGUCACCCUCCACUGACAUCUUUGAUAUGAUUCCAUUUUCUCCAAUAUCACAUCAGUCUUCGAUACCUACUCGCAAUGGCACACAGCCACCUCCAGUACCUAGUAGAUCUACCGAGAUUAAACGGGACCUGUUUGGAGCAGAACCUUUUGACCCAUUUAACUGUGGAGCAGGGGAUUUCCCUCCAGAUAUUCAAUCAAAAUUAGAUGAGAUGCAGGAGGGGUUCAAAAUGGGACUAACUCUUGAAGGCACAGUAUUUUGUCUGGACCCGGUAGACAGCAGGUGCUGAUGCCAAGAACAAGAGAUCCCGAUUCACCUUAAAUUUGUUUUAUAGACAUAUAUAUCAUUCAUUAUUACUUUAUGACAGGAACUAUACAUGUGCCAAUAUAUUUUUGAAUAUCUAACUUUUUGAAAAUUAUUUCAGUAGAAUUUCCUCAUACCUUCUCUGUUGAUCUGUAAUGUUUUAUUUUAAAAACAACUUGCUGUAAGUAAAUCAUACUUUUAUGUUCCUUUCUGUUUCUGUUGUAGGUGAAUUUAUAAUCAAAAAACAAAUUAUGCAAGUAUCUGCCUUGUGUCUGAAUUCUAAAUAAUUAGCAUCUUGAAAUUUGUGUUCAUUCUCCAGGCUGCUAGUUUAUUACUGACUCCCAAAAGCCAUAUCUUAAUGAUACCUUUCAAAGUCCUGAGGAGAUAUACCAGUAUCAAUCUAAAUAUGCUCUAUAUUCAAACCAAUAAACAUGUUACCAUUCAUUAGACAGAUGCCAUUUUAUGUAUUAAAUGUUGUUCAUGUCAUUGGAAAAACGUAAACUUUGAAUAUAAUGCCACCAGGUCAUUUUUAACAGGUAAAAUAACAAACAUCCUAUAAAUUCCAAUAAAAAUUAAACCAAACGUAUUUAGAGUAUUUAUUAGUAAGAGCAAGGUAAUAAUGUUAGUUGCUAUGAGUUAUACUCUAAAUAUUUUAUUUAUUUAAUAAACAAAGAUCGUGGGGAAAAAAUGAAAAUUUUCUCUUUACAAAACAUUUAAAAUUUAAUUUCUAAUGGAUAGCUUAUAUUGCAACCAUCUAAACAUCAUCUGAUCUGAUGUUUCCUAAAAAAUAUUGGAAAUAUAUGCUGCCUGUAGUUGCAAUGUCUAUAACCCAUCUUUACCAAAUAUAUUUUUUCUCACUGAAUAAGAGUAUCCAAUAUUUUCUCCUUUGAUAAAGAUAUUUUCUCACCAAAGCUUAUUUUGUGAUGCUUCAUUAGUGUCGAUGCUUUAAAAUCUAUGGCAACUAUUCUUUAUGAAUCAUCAAACAUAUUUAGCAAAUUUAAUUUGUAUUUGUUUUGUUGAAGUGAGAAUCUCAUUUUUCACAAAAGUCAAGUUGCUGCUUAGUUUAGUCUAACGUGUACAAUAAAAUUUUCUUGCAUCUCAUUCUUGAUGUGCUGAUAAACCUUGACCUUUGAAAAUGUUUGUUUCCUAUCCCUUUGCCCAUUAUGUAACAGACUGUAAUUUGUACUUGCUGCAACAAAAAUGUGUGGUCAAAUUUAUAAUGUGAUUCAUCACGUUAUGGGAAAAAUAAGUUAAAUUAAUGAAAAUGUGAGCUUGGAUUGGGGUAGAUCUCAAAAAUAGAUUUUUCUUUUACUCAUGGAAAUUUUCAAGUGCUAAAGGUACAUUUUCACUAGGAAAAGAAAUCAAAUAUGCUUAUGCAAUAUUAUAUUUGUAUGUAUCUUCAUAAUCUUCUCCAGUAUAUAUAAACCUUCUUGUUUGUUUUCUGUUAUCUGCUAAGUUGUACCUUAAUUAGAAGGUAGUAUAUGUUUCAUAAAGAAGAGUCUUUAUAAUUUUGUUUGUCAUAUAGUAUUUUGGAAUUUGUAUAAUGAGGAUGUUUAGAAGCCAUAUCAAUGGCUUUUUUUAACAGAUAGAAUUUGUAUUUUUAUUGUUCUUUAAAAAGCUUUAUGUAAUAGGUAUAUAUUUAGUGGCCAUUUAUUAUCAAUGGUUAACACAAUAGAGUAUACUAAGAUGGUAUUUGCACAUUUAAGAUAUGUUACUUUACCAAUUUUUAAUGGUAAUCAAUUCUGCUACUGGCAUGAUUAAAUAGUACAUAAUUGGUCAUUAAUUAUGAACAUUUAUUUCACCAGUGCAUUUUUAUGAAGAUCCAGUUGAAAAUUGUAUUUCUAUGUAAACUCAAUGAUAUGUUUGACUUUGCCAAGA